UUCACCAUUUCUUCGUCUCGUCGUCUUCUUCUUCUUACAGAGAGACAUUCAAUUUCUAGGGGUUAUAGUUCUGCGGAAGCAUUCAAUUCCCUUUGAGAUUCCGACCAAUUCUCGGCAAUCGGAAACCUAAUCGGCGACGGCUAACGAAUAUGGAGACGGGAUGCCGAUUCACGAAGCUUCUCGUGUCGGUAUUGCUGCUCUGGAGCUACCUCGUGACUCCGAUCUCGUCUCUCUCGGUGACAGUCAACGACGUUGAGUGCGUCUAUGAGUACGUUCUCUACGAAGGCGACACCGUCUCUGGAAACUACGUGGUCGUCGAUCAUGACAUCUUCUGGAGCUCCGAUCACCCCGGGAUCGAUUUCACUGUAACAUCUCCUGCUGGUAAUACAGUACAAACUCAAAAGGGAACCUCAGGAGACAAAUUUGAGUUUAAGGCUCCACGCAGUGGAAUGUACAAAUUCUGUUUUCACAAUCCUUAUUCAACUCCAGAAACAGUUUCAUUUAACAUCCAUGUUGGCCACAUACCUAACGAGCACGACCUUGCUAAAGAUGAACAUCUGGACCCAAUAAAUGUUAAGAUUGCUGAACUGAGAGAGGCCCUGGAAACUGUAACAUUAGAACAGAAGUAUCUGAAAGCUCGUGAUGCUCGUCAUCGCCACACAAAUGAGAGCACAAGAAAGCGGGUUAUCUACUACACUAUUGGGGAGUACCUUUUGCUGGCUGGUGUAAGCGCGCUUCAAGUCAUUUACAUCCGCCGCCUCUUCAGCAAGUCGGUCGCAUAUAAUAGGGUCUGAGUCAUCCCUUUUUCUUUUUUUGGUUAAUCCACAAUAGGAGCAAGCUUUUCCUGAGUUGACAGUUUAGAAAAAGGAAGUGACUGCACCAUGUAAAAACUAAAUUCGUUUUUUUUACUCAUUUAUUAUCUAAGACUAAUAUGUGGACUCGGCAGUCUUCCUAAAGUCCCAAAACCAUAUAUAUUCCUUCAUCAGGGAAAGUGGUUUCACAA